AUGGGUGAAGAAUCUCAAGCCAGUGACGACAAAGUGGUAUUAAAACGUAAAAUAACAUUGUUUAAUGGAGUAGGCAUAAUUAUUGGGACUAUAAUUGGUUCCGGAAUUUUUAUAUCUCCGACAGGAGUUUACAAAUACACUGGGUCCGUUGCUGCUUCUCUGAUAAUAUGGCUGCUGUCAGGUCUACUAUCAACACUUGGAGCACUCUGCUAUGCGGAAUUAGGAACCUCUAUCAUGAGGUCUGGCGGUGACUACGCCUACAUUUAUACAGCCUUCGGACCUUUACCUGCUUUUCUCCGGAUGUGGAUCGCAUUAUUAAUUAUUAGGCCUACAACACAGGCCAUCGUCGCUUUAACCUUCGGACACUACGUAGUGAAGCCAUUCUUCGCUGAUUGUGAACCACCAGAAGAUGCCGUUAAACUUCUUGCUGCUGUUUGUUUAUGUGUGCUGACAGCGGUCAACUGUAUCAGCGUAAGGUGGACUAUGAGGAUACAGGAUGUUUUCACUUCCUCAAAGUUAUUGGCACUGGUGAUUAUUAUCAUCUCUGGGCUCUGCUAUAUUUUUAUGGGCCAUACAGAAAACUUCCAGAAGCCCUUUGAGGGCCAAUACGAUGCAGGGAACAUCGCUCUUGCAUUUUAUUCUGGACUCUUCGCAUUUGGAGGUUGGAACUAUCUCAAUUUUGUCACUGAAGAACUACAGGAUCCGUACAAGAAUCUGCCCCGAGCCAUAUGGAUAGCGAUGCCGAUGGUGACGAUUAUCUACGUGAUGGCCAACUUGGCCUACUUUGCUGUAGUGUCGAAGAUGGAAUUGAAUACUAAUCCAGCCAUUGCUGCGAUUCUCGGUGACCGUAUUUUCGGUUCAUGGAGCUGGUUAAUCCCAGUUUUUGUGGCACUGUCUACGUUUGGCGGCGUCAACGGGGUACUCUUCACAUCCGCUCGUCUCUUCGCUACAGGAGCUCAGGAAGGGCACAUGCCUCAAUUCUUCUCGCUAUUCCACAUACAAAAGCAGACACCAAUACCGUCACUUAUAUUCACUUGUUUAUUUUCCCUCUUAAUGUUAACUACGAGCAACGUGUUUGAACUCAUCAACUACUUCUCCCAGACGUUGUGGCUGUCUGUGGGAGCUUCAGUGGUAGGCAUGCUGUGGCUGCGGCGAGCCAAACCCGACAUCCCUCGUCCUAUCAAGGUGCACAUUCUCAUACCCUACGUGUUCCUUCUUGCCAUUGGCUGUUUAGUCAUUAUUCCUGCGAUCACCAACCCAAGAGAUACGGCUAUUGGUAUUGCUAUUCUCCUGUCCGGAAUUCCUGUAUACUACCUCUGCGUCAAGUGGAAGGGUAAGCCAGAAAUGUAUCACACGUUCUCGGGGACAAUUUUAAGGUUCCUACAAAAACUAUGUUCUUGCAUUUACGUAGACUCUUCAGAAAAACUUUCAGAUUGA